AGAGGUCAGUGUGGGAUGUGUGUCUGGACGGUGUUGAUGGUUGGAGUCUGGUGGACCACAGGGUCUGCUUAGCUUCCUAGUUUGGCCUGGAGGAAGAAUCCUGUCGUUCAGCCGGGUCCCACUGGACAAAGGGCCCCAAAGAGCGUGUUCAGACGGCCUCGUUCCUCCCGGACCUUCAGCAGCUGUUAGCAUCCGGAUGAGCGCCGCUGUUGGCGGCUUCCGUCGAACACCGUCAUGCCCAGACCCGGAUGACCGCUGGGGCUGACUCGGGGCAGGGUCCGGGGCUGCAGCUCCCCAUGGCUGCUUAUGAUGAGGACAUCCUGAAGAACCCUUUCUACGUGGCGUUGGCGAAGCAGAGACCAGACCUGUGCAGGCGAGCGGCAGAGCACCAGGGCGUGGUCCUGGUUCCCUGCUGUGACAGUCUGAGCGUCAGCGGCAGCUCCGACUCGCACUUCGACAGCUAUGUGCUGCAGCCUCUGGAGGACCGAUACAAGACCGCCGAUGGAAAGGAGGUCAGGAUCCAGGACAGGCAGGUCCUGCUGGGAUCCGGCUUCCCGGCUCCGUCUGUGGUCCCGAUCCUGUUUGAGGAGACCUUCUACAAUGACCAGGAGCAGAGCUACAGCAUCCUGUGCAUUUCCAGGCCCCUGGAUGGGGAGCCCGGCGCCGCCGAGGUCAGCCCACCUCAGCCUUACUGCCUGAGGAGCCCGGAGGACGUCAGGGACUUCUUGGGUCGGCACGGCCAGAAACUGGACAAGUUUAUCCACAGCUUCUGUCAGACCUUCAAGGAGCAGGAAAGGAAGGGAAUCCGACACCACAUAGACUCUGUGAACGGCCUCUACGCUAAAUGUCUUCAGUGUUUGCUGAGAGACUCUCGCCUGAAACUUCUGGCUAAGCAGGAGCUUCAGAUGACUCUCCUCAAACAGGCAGUGGAGAUCUAUGUUCAUCAUGGCAUCCAUGAUCUAAUCUUUAACCUGGUGGGAACCCUUGAAGCUGCUCAGGACGCUGCCUUCAACAAAACCAGCAGGAGUCUGCAGGAGCUGCAGCAGAAGGAGCUGGGAGUCAAACCGGAGUUCAGCAUGAACCUGUCUCGUGCAAAGAGAGAGCUGAGUCAGCUCAACCAGCAGACGGCGCCGCUCCUGAAGCUGCUAUGCCUGCGCAGGGUUGUGCUGACGGCCACGCAGACCCCCACAUGCACAGGCAGCAUGGAGGCGGUGAGCGCCGACGACCUGCUCUCCGUCAGCUUGUACCUGCUGGUGAAGACGGAAAUCCCAAACUGGAUGGCCAACCUGAGCUACAUUAGAAACUUUUGCUUCAGCAGCUCCAGCAAAGACGAGCUCAGCUACUAUCUGAGCACUUUUGAGGCUGCAGUGGAGUACAUCAACCUGGGGAAGCUGCAGGCCUCUGCUUCGGGUGAGCUCAGAGACAAGGCACUGUUCAAGGAACGGAUGAGUCUGCUGGCUCAGAAUUCAGCCACGCCCAUCCACCUGCUGUUUGAGCACAUAGCCAAUGGAAAUGAAUCCGAAGUGGAGCGUCUGCUGAGUGAGGGUGAAGCUGAUGAAGAUGUUAGGAUGUGUCACCCCCUCUGCUCCUGUGACGUCUGUGACGCCCAGCUGUCUGGGCGACUCAACAACCUGGCCAUCGUCACGCCGUUCUCCAGAGAUGACAGAGGAUACACCCCCCUGCACGCCGCUGCCGCCUGUGGCCAAGCCAAGCUCAUUGACCUGCUGGUGCACAAAGGAGCCCAGGUGAACGCCACAGACUACCACGCCCUGACUCCACUGCACCUGGCCUGCCAGCGAGGACACCAGGGAGUCUCUGAUUUGAAUUCUGAUAUUGAUGGACGGCUGAGGUUUCAGGAGAGAAAGGAGGUUAACUUCUUGUUAUGUUCACGAAUGUUUCUGCUGCUGCUGCACUACAAGGCGAAUGCUGACGCUCAAGACAACAGUGGCAACACGGCGCUGCACCUGGCCUGCAUGUAUGGGCACGAAGACUGUGUGAAGGCCUUGGUUUACUACGACGUACAGACAUGCCACCUGGACUUGCAGAACGAUAAAGGUGACACGGCGCUGCACCUGGCCGCACGCUGGGGUUAUGAGGGAAUCAUCCUGGUUCUCCUGGAAAACGGGGCCAACACGCACAUCCUCAACAAGAACAAGGAGUCCCCGCUGCAGUGCGCCCUCAACUCCAAGGUUCUCACGGUGCUGCAGUCCAUUCAAAACGAGCAUCAGCGCCUUGGUCUGGAUUCUCGCAGUUACUCCCCCCUGGCCUCAGACUGCAGCAGCCGGCGCUCCUCCGUCUCCAGCACGUCGUCUCUGGGGUCAGAGGUCAAACCAGAGACUGAGCGCGUCAGUCACAGAGAGAUGGAGAAGCUGCUGCUGGCCAUCGCUGAUGGGGACGUGGAGAUGGUGCGCUACCUGCUGGAAUGGGCAGAUGAGGAAGAGGAGGAUCAGCUGCUGCAGGGUGAGGCACCACUCUGCCACCCGCUGUGUCAGUGCCCGACCUGCGCUCCUUCUCAGAGGCUGUCGGUGCAGCAGGCAGGAGCUCUGGGCGUCAACAGCUGCAAUGCCGAUGGCUUCACGCCGCUGCAUGUUGCUGCCCUGCAUGGCCACUCGGCCUUAGCCGGCCUGCUCAUUCGCCGUGGCGCCAACAUCAACGCCCGCACCAACCAGAGCGCCACACCGCUUCACCUCGCCAGCCAGAACGGUCACCAUCAGGUGGUCCGGCUUCUGCUGGAGUGUAAUGCCAAGCUGAACAAGAAGGACUGCCACGGAAACACGCCUCUCAUGCACGCGUGCCUGUCUGGACACCUGGAGACGGUCAGCAUGCUGCUGCAGAGCAAAGCCAUGGUAGACACAACCAACCUGCAAGGAAACACUGCCCUCCACGAGGCGGUGCAGGGGGGGCACCUGGGACUCGUGGAGCUGCUGCUUAGGGGGGGCGCCUCCCCAGGCAUCAGGAACAGACGGCAGAGGACCCCGCUGGACUGUGCCUACGAGCUCGGGGGAAAGAACACGGAGAUCCUGAGAGCGCUGCAGAGGGCUUCCGGACUCCCCACUGAUGCCGAACCCCUCAAGCUUCUGUCUGUCCCCAGAGGAACCCUGGCCCACUCCUUUGUGCAGCAUUUGAGGCUGCAGGAUAACGGCAGGAAGCAGAAGCCGCCCCCCCCAGUAAACAGGAUACAGCAGAUGAGGAAAGGUUGGAGUGGACCCCCUCCCAGGAGUUCACCGCCCUUUUCCCAGGAGGAUCCAGGCAGACGGAGGCUGAGGCGGGGGGAGACGAUGGAGAUCAGCAGCCCCUCUCGUCGAGGAGAUCGCCCCCUGGCCCGCUGUCACACCCUGGAUUCUGCCGUGCCCCCACCGGAGCCAACCGAGGCCCCUCCCACUCCAGGCUCCACAGAGGGCAGUGACCUGAAGGAUGAAUCCCACCCCCCAGCAUCAGUGGAGGGCCUCCGCUAGCACAGGCUCAGAGCUCUGGAAACAUGAUGGCCCCACCCCUCUGAAAGGUUACACAGCUCCCCCAUUGGUUGAUCCUUUACCAUGCCCCCCAACUCACCAUACGAGGAGCACUGCACCCGACAUAACAUGGAGUCAUAAUGCCCCUUCCCCUUGACUCACACACUCCUCAACUCUUUACCUGAGUUUGCUGAACCUGCCCUCAGUUUGUGGCUCUGCCCUCAAAGCUGCUGCAUGGAUGUUCUAAUGUUUCAGACUCAAAUGAAUGAAGAUGAAUAAAUUAGUUUACAGAGAAAAAGGGAUGAUAACAAACUUGAACUUUAGUUGGAUAUCGGCUGCUUGUAACACCAAGGCUGGCCUGUGGGGGGCGGUGUUGUGCUAUCGUCAGAGCACCUGCAUAGACGUCCUCUGAGCUGUUUGUUUCCAGAACAGAACCCGUCUCCUCUGCUCCGACUGUUCCAGUACUCUGCAAUCCUAAAAGGAUUUUAAACAUCUUCACCAUAACACCAAUAGAACCGUAAUGGUCUGCAGUCUUUGAAUGCAGCAUUGGGGAGGGUCAGCGCCCAGAUAACUAAACCUGAGAGAAACGAAGCAGAUGUUUGGUACAGGUGAGACGUAAACCUCACUGACGCACUCAUUCAUAGAUGGGGUGAGCUCAGCGGCGCCCUCUAGGGUUCAUCAUAGAAGCACCAUGCGAAUCACACUUUUUUAAUAUGCAGGUAGAAAGUACAAAAUUGUAAAUGUGCCUUAUUUAACUCUCUUACACAAUAAAUUUGUUAAUUUAAAACAA